AUGAAUACCACAAUCCUUAGCAAAUUACGUCACUAUUUCUCCCACCAUAAUUAUCCUCGAAAAAUAGUCUGCGACGAAGAUUAUGUUUUUACUACAUGGUUGGCGGAUAUGGCGGACGACUGUUCAUCGGGGAAUGUGGACGACCAUCAUGCCCUUGCGGACAUCAUGGAGGGACACUCUUCUUUGCGCAGAUCAUGCGUGGCACAUCGAGGGGUGCAGACGGCUCAUCUUGCCCUUGGGGAGGUACAUCAGAGGUAGAUGUGUUUUUAUAUUUUAUGUAAUAGUUUUUCUCAUAAAUUUGUGUGCAGUAUUAUUGGACAUGGUUAUUGUCUUCAGCUAGCAAAACUGUGAUAGAUUUCAAUGAAGCACUGCAAACGUUCGUCAAGGAGAGGGGAAAGAGAAGAAAGGAAUUCCCCUGUAUCCAUGAUGGCCGAGCUGUUGAACAGGGAUCCAGAAUUUAAAAGAACACUGCUAGGUAUUAAUAUGGUUUUGGUGUAAGUACACAGAAGUAACAUGAUAUGAUUCUCUCCAACUACUGUAUUAAACACGAUGAUUACUUUUUAUAAGCAAUGUGUGAGAAAAUGUUCUGCGAGACAUUUGGUUAAUGAUUUUCAGAGAGGUGUCGUUCAAAACACGUGGCUAACGUAAAAUCGUUCAGUGUUUCUGAGAGACGAGAUAUGUGAAAUGUUCAGGUUUCACAAGUGUGUCCGUAAAUGCAAAGUCACCUGAUAAGAAGGUAGUAGUGGGGUAGUAGCAGUAGUAGUAGUUCUGGUAAUUCUUAGUGAUGGUAGGGCUAGUAGUAGAUCAUUACAGGUGCGAGGCAAGAUGCCUCAGCAUGCAAGGUGGCUUGUAAAACUUAAGGUACUCGCUCCAGGCUAUGGCCUCGCGAUGGUCUCCAAGACUAUAUUUAUGAUUAUGUUUUUUCAAAUUAUAUUUCUAUUUUGCUAUCGACAGCUAGAUAAGAUAUAUUUGCAAGCAAAAUAGGUUACCACAAUUCUCAUUUUUACGUGUUUUAUAUGUCUGUUAUCUAUGAUUAUUUAUGGUUUAAAAUCGUAGCGCAAGUGUCUUUCUUAAUUUGUUUCAGCUUUUAGGUGAGAGUGAGGACGUUCCCUAUUUUCGGAAUGGUGAUGAACUAUGAUAAAUAUUGUCGAUAAUGAUAUAUUAAAUUAUAAUUGUAAAUUACAUUUGGCAUUUCACUUUUCUAUAGGUAUAUAUUCUAAGGAUCUAUCUAUUUUUAGCUAAUAUGUGAUUGCACAUUUCUUGUUUUUACUUUUACAGAAUGCUAUCCGAAAACUUUCAGGUUUUCUUUAGAGGGAGGAUACUCCCAAUUUCAGGAAUGGCACUGCCUAGCGUGAUAUAAUGAAUAUUGUGGAUAAAGAUUUGUAUAGGCAGCUCAAAAAAUGUUCUGCCUGAAUAGCCGGAUUAAUGUUUCAUUGGGCAUAGAUGACUUGGGUAAAGAAAGAGCUUGAAUAGGAACAAUAGAAACAUGUUAAGAAUGAUUAAAGCCCUGAUUUACAAUAUUCUGCAGUACAUGAAAACAGCAGACAAUCAUCAACAAUUUUACAGGAUAAAUCCGUGGAUGAUAGUAGACUGGUCUACUGUCAAUAUAUUGAUGAAGUUUUAUGAAAUAUUUACAGCCAAGUUACAAACAAAAGCUUCUAAAGAUGUUCACGAGUUUCAUACAACUUUUUAAGGAAUUCAGGCACAUAUUUGGGAACCUACCAUUCUGAGGCCAAAAGUUAUACUUCCCAUGCUCCUGAAGAUGAUUACAGGCUACUUAGUCCAGAAUGAACAUCAAUUGAAUUGAUAAAUGAAUCAAAGAAAAGGUUAAUAACUGUGGCAUGCUGGCGGGUUAUAGAUUUUCGAUUGCACAAAUGAACCCAGAAUUGUGGAACGACUUGAUUUUUCUUCCCCUGGUACAAUUAAUCUGAGCAGUGACGGUUGAGGUUUUCUAGGGGUUUCCCUCGCCCAAGUGCGAAUGCAGUCACCAAAAAACCAUAUUCCCCUAAUAAAUGGCAGAGGAAAUGAAAAUCAUAGUUAUACUAUUAAUGAUCAUGUAAUUUCAUAAUAA